AGGCGCCGAGGCGGCGGAGCGGGCGGCGAGGCCACCGCGCGGAGGCGAGCGGGCCAGGCCCGGCGGGCGGCCGCCGCCAUGAGCGGCUCCUCGGGCACCCCGUACCUGGGUAGCAAGAUCAGCCUCAUCUCGAAGGCGCAGAUCCGCUACGAGGGCAUUCUCUACACCAUCGACACGGACAACUCCACGGUGGCGCUCGCCAAAGUGAGGUCCUUUGGUACUGAAGACCGUCCCACCGAUAGGCCUGCCCCCCCAAGAGAGGAAAUUUAUGAAUACAUCAUUUUCCGGGGAAGUGAUAUCAAAGAUAUUACUGUGUGUGAACCUCCAAAAGCUCAGCACGCACUCCCUCAGGAUCCUGCUAUCGUUCAAUCUUCCCUGGGCUCGGGCUCAGCCUCCUCCUUCCAGCCACACGUGCCUUACAGCCCCUUCAGAGGGAUGCCACCCUACAGUCAGCUGGCCGCCAGCUCCCUGCUUAGCCAGCAGUACGCCGCUUCCUUGGGUCUAGAGAAGUUGGUAAGCCCUCCAGCCUCAGCCGCAGCUUCCAGCCCUAGCUCUUCUCCAUCUCCACAACCUGUCUCAGAGCUUGACAUGUCCUCAGAGCCACAUCAGCUCACUUCCAAGGGAGCUGGUUUUCCAACUGUCCCAGUCGGCAAGAGCCCCAUGGUGGAGCAGGCUGUCCAGACUGGUUCUCUUGAUAACUUGAAUGCCAAAAAGCUGUUACCCGGCAAGGGCACCACGGGGAUGCAGCUGAACGGGCGGCCGGCCCAGCCAAGCAGCAAGACAGCCAGCGAUGUAGUUCAGCCGGCAGCUGUGCAAGCUCCAGGGCAGGUGAACGACGAGAACAGAAGACCCCAGAGGAGGAGAUCAGGGAAUAGACGCACGAGGAAUCGCUCCAGAGGGCAAAGCCGCCCGACUAAUGUCAAGGAAAACACAAUCAAGUUUGAGGGCGACUUUGAUUUUGAGAGUGCAAAUGCCCAGUUCAACCGAGAGGAGCUGGACAAAGAAUUUAAGAAGAAACUGAAUUUUAAAGAUGACAGAGCUGAGAAAGGGGAAGAGAAGGACCCGGCGGUGGUGACCCAGAGUGACGAGGCCCCUGCUGAGGAAGACCACCUGGGGCCCAACUGCUACUAUGACAAAUCCAAGUCCUUUUUUGACAAUAUCUCCUCUGAACUCAAGACCAGUUCCAGGCGGACCACAUGGGCUGAAGAGAGGAAGCUCAACACGGAGACCUUUGGCGUGUCGGGAAGGUUUCUUCGUGGCCGUAGUUUCCGGGGUGGAUUUCGAGGGGGCAGGGGCAAUGGUACAACCCGUCGCAACCCAACUUCCCACAGAGCUGGGACUGGCAGGGUGUGAGGAUGCAGUUGCAGGCUCCUGCUGAAGCAGCCAGACGAAGCUGUGUCUGAGGACAUUGGAAAUCGCUGCACUUCUGGGGGAGACGUGGGUCACUCUGUUUGCUGAGUUUGGAAAAUCCCAUACUACUACUACUGUUCUGGACCUAAGAGAACUUGGACCUGGUCUGAGUUAGAAACACUUGUUUUGGGGGAAGUCUUCAUGGGUAACCUCUUUGAGGUAUCUUGGCCUAUCUUUCCUCUGUAGUUGCGCACAGCCUAACUCCAAGGUUUUGGUAUUUUGCAGAAAGGUUUCUAGAGCGAAAGCUUGAUCCUCACUUUGUGACUUUUUUUUGACAGCUUUGACUUUUAAAGUGGAACCAAAUCUCAUUUGGCAAAUGCGGCAGCCAAGCGCAUCUCUAUAACCCAACUGGCCUGUUGUGCUGCUGGCCUGGCACCCCCACUGCCACAGGUGGGGUCUCAGGAGCCAGGCAGGGCCACCACCAGCACGGUGGUGUGUGGGGACGGGUGGGGCUAGGGCAGCGAAAGUGGGGUGUCCCACAGAUCAUGUUGUAUAAGCAAACCAGACAACCCUGACGUCCAGAGUGGCAAGGUCAAGGUUGGGGCUGGUGGGGUCGGGGGACACCUGGAGGCAUGGGAGGAGGCCCUGAACGUGAGCUAGGAGCUGUCGCUUGGAGCCUGACUGCCGUAGGAAUUGGGGUUGGGGGUCCAAGCUCAGGACAAGCUCCCCUGUGGCCUCCCUGUCCUUUCUGCCCUGUCCCUGCCAGCCCCUGACCCUGGCCAGUCAGUGUUGGACUCUGGCCGAACACUGUUCGGUGUCUCAUCCACUUGGAAAUGAGCCAGUCUUUUUUGCAAGGUCGGUUGACCGAGAGCAUAUUUCCUCUCACUUGUAAAUAGUUCUGUGUUUUUGUUUUACAGGUGGGUGGAGGGAGGGUGGGGAAUAUAAAUUGGUUGCAUGAGUAACUAGGUCAGACUUUUAGUAUAAGCAUGCGUCCCUCUGAUUGACAGGGCAUUGUGUUGAACAUAAGCACCUUGGUAACUAAACCCCUAUAAACAGCUAUAAAGGUCUUAGUUCUGUAUUGAUUAAGUUACUGUAAAAGCUUGGGUUUAUUUUUGUAGGACUUAAUGGCUAAGAAUUGGAACAUGGCAAUGGGGCUGCUCUGUUGGAGUAAGGUAAAUUGUAAUUAUAAAUAAACAUGCAAACCUUUAA